GCUACUGUUAUGCAAGUGAAUCCGGAUCCUUGAGAUUUUCAAGCAGUUAGAGCUGUCAGAUUAUCAUCUGGUGAUAGAUUAAAGACCACAUCACAGUAAGGUUGAUCUUCUAGAGGUUGCAAUGUCUUUACGAACCAGGAUCAAUGGUUUCACUGCCUGGGUAAAUCUCAGACUGUCACCUUCUGGUCACUUCAUGCAUAACAUCCUGACAGAUUUACUGAAGGGAUACAACAUGAAGGUGCUUCUUGAAAGUAAGUGUCACUUCCGGUGAAGGUUGGAGAUAAGCAUACAAUGUAGAGAUGGUGCACAGUCACAUUCACACCAGCUCAGACAUUCUUAUGUCUGGGCCAGCCAUAGGCAUAUUAAUGCCACUGAGUUAGUGCAGUGCACUUGUCCGUUGUGCCGCAGGCUGUGGGCUCAAAACUCCACCACACCAACUCUUGUGGUUUUGAAAUAAAUAAGGAGAUAGUACUGCUUUUAAGGCUUUGACUUUCUAGUCUUCUCAGAUAAGGAUGAUAAAGCAUAUAUACCUGUAUAUAAUGAACUGUAAAUUCAAGCAUGUCAAGCCCAUAAUCUCAUUUGCUUGUCAUCACCCUUGUCUUCUAGGUUUAACUGGAAAGCCCCUGGAAAAACUGCAAAGUUUUGAUGGGUAUGUGGAAAACUCAAAUUGUUAUUUUCUCCUUGUACAGUGUAGAAUGACUUAAUGUGCUGCAAUAAUGCUGACCCGUAGUAGUAAAGGCUCAUUCUAUCUAGCAAUGGAUUCAGACUCGUAAUCAGAAGUACAGAGCAUUAGGAUCUAACAAAGACAUCAUUUCUAUAAUCAGAGUCAGAAGCAAAAGUGGACAUGCAUUGUGAUUGGUCCCUUCACUAAAUUAGUUUUCACUUGCUUAUAAGGGGCAGAGUCAUGAAUUAUGGAAUUAGCUGCUGAAUUUGAGUGUAAGGAACUCCUGUCUUGCAGACACCAUGCUAUUAUUGACAUCCCCAUGAUACAGACAGUAAUUACUGUAACCUUAGCAAAAAUGAAUUACAGAUGUUACUGAAAUAAGCUCUUGCUAUUAAAGAAUCGUGCUUCCACUUGCAGGAGUCCUGAUCAAGAAGUGUCCUCAAUAAAGGGACUUGACUCAGUGUGUUGCUAGUUAAAAUGUCUUUUCAUAUUUUGUAGUACAACAAAAUAUUGUUACUGGUGUCAAAUUUUAUUUUCUAGGUUAACCCAGCAGCAAAAGACUACAAGAGUUGAGUGGAUUGUUAAGGAGCUAAAGCAUGCGUGAGUUAAUAAUUAUUAAUUAUAAUUAGUCUCAGCAAGCAUCCUCAAAGAUACCCAAUGCUUUAUUUGAAAACUGCUCACUUUAUUGUCUGUGUGGACAAGUAGUUUCUGUGCUUAAACAGGAUUUGUUGUUUUCCUAAACAAAUAAAAAUUUUUAUUUGAUUUCUUUACAGAAAGAUAAUCCCUAAGGACACAUAUGUGGAUUCUAGAAUGUUUGCCAUGCGGUGUGCAGAUCAGGUACAUGAAUCAUUAAGACUGAAAUUCUGCAUAUUAAAGCGUCCUCACUAUCAAGGUGCAGAGAAGAUGAACAUUAACCCAGUCCUAAUUUUCAGUAUUCAUGAACGUUUGUUUAGCGAGGCAUUAAAAAUGUUAAGAUUGCUAUAAAUCUUUAACAUUGCGGUAUGCUAAUUUCCUCCAUGAUGAUUGACAGGUAUUUGACUUAUUAUGGUGCUUGGUGUGUCAUGAUAUUUGGUUUGUCUGGGAGCGAUCAGAAUUCCUGCAACAGGCUGAGGGACAAACUCUUACAUCCAAGCCUUUCUCAGUAAGUAAAACAAGAGCCCUGUAUCUUAAUAUCAUAUGAUAAUUUAAUGUAAUCCCAAAGCUCGCAAUGCCAGUGGUGGACAAAACACUGACCCCCAGUCCAUGGGCUACCCCCAUGGACUGCCCAUAUGGACUACCCUAAAAUAGACUACACCACUGAGGUUUAGUGAUUAAGGAUAGGAAACUGAGUGAAUCAGGUUCCAUUUAGGGUCACUAUAUUGGGAAAACUGUCCUGAAACUUGAUUCACUCAGUUUCCUAACCCUAAUCACUUAGCUCCAGUGGUGUAGUCCAUUUCAGGGAAAACCAUGUGGGAAGUCGAUGGGGUACUUAUGGACUGGGGGGUCAGUGUUUUGCCCACCACCUUUAAUGCCAGUUACUUCAUAUACGAGGCUCAAAAAAAGUGCUGUCUGGUCACCAGGGACUAGUAGAAUUUCCUGCCAGGAAAGUAACUUUUCAUUCUCAUUUGCCUGAAGGUCAAGGGCCUAGGCAAGUUAUCUGCCCACUAAAUUAAAGUUGAAAAGUGAAUUUAUUUAAGACUUGUCUGGGAAAAGUAAAAUUUGAGAGAUUCUUUUCGUAAGGCUGAGCUGGAAUCCAGCUUUUCUUUUAAGCCCUGCUGUACAUGGCAGGUAUGGGGGAAGUAUUGUUGGGGUAUACUGAAUUUUAAUUUAUAUUCCAUUUCCAUUCUGUUUUCAAGUGGACACCCCCACCACCACCCCCAAAGACACCCACUCACAAGGUAGAAAAAUCCAUGUUGGCAGGAUUUGGUUCAAAAUCACUGAUUCAGACACCAAUUGGCACCCCAGAGGUAAGUCAGAACUGCUGAACGAAAAUAUAUUUUUUAUUUAAUAUUAUUAUUCUUCUGUAUUUUUAUAUUUGCUACUCUUCAUAUCAACUCAUAAGGGUCAAAUUUUCGAGUGUGUGAUAUAAUAUUUUACAAAUGUUAUUGUCAAACACUCAAAAUGUUGUCAAACUGAGUAUUGUCUGUUAAACCAUCUUCACAUUAUUAUUAUCGACUUGACAAAUGUUGCCAAGUCAAGUGGGUCACAACAUGCUCCACACUUAUGAAGGUUAAUUUUUAUCACUAAUAAAAGAGUUGGUUAUUAUGUUCUAAUUUCAAACUUCUUGCUCUUUUUCCAGCUGCCGUCUCCAAGCCCAACAAGCACUAGGUACUAUUGACAAACUUACAGAUGUUUUUAAUAAAAUAAAGUUGUUAGGUACUUCACUGUAACAGCGGAACUUCCACGCGCGCACGUGCUGCGGAGCCCCAUUACUAAGAUGAAUUGGAAACCUAUGAAAGCAAGAAAAUUUGGUUAUGACAUAGCAUACGCCUGCCCACCCACCUGUCCGUAGACACACCUCAUGUAAGCCGGUGCUGAAUGUCAUGUUAUUUAGGCGGGAAAGCAUACUAUAUGGCCACCCGCGUCUUGUGAAGCCAAGACAACAAAAGAGUCAAUACAGACAAAAAUGGAAAACGGAAAAUGUUUCUGUAUCCGUGUUGUGUAAAGUAUUAAGCUUAGAUUAAUAAUUGUGGUGUCCACAAAUUUGGAAUAUAGAGAGAGAGAAAGAGGGAGAAAAUGAGAUCGUAGGGCAACAGGCCAGUGAAGCGCAACAAGUAAAAGAACUAGAGCAAGAGAGAAAAAACAAAGGAGACAUUUUUUGUUGGAGGAACAACAUCAAAUUUUGUAGCGGCCAACAGGGUGAAAAUGAGCAACGGUGAAAAAACAAAGUGAACAAGAACACGUACUACACUUCCUUCAUAAAACGUGUAACCAGGAAGUUUUUGAAGUUUCACGUUGUAGUCGUGCAAAGCAACGGCAAAGAAAUGUACAAAAAAUUGUGCUGCACGUGCAAAGUUGCUUUUGUGCUAAUUAGGCCUAUUUUUCACCUUUCUCGUUGCCUUUGCUGCUUAGCAUUACACGAUUUUAUAUAUUGUUUGAGCAAUCUACAAAUAUUAUCCAGAGCUUCACUUUUGGUCGUGGCUAAAUCGAUAUAUUAGUGAUCAGUGAAAGACCAUUCAAUGUUUUUCUUUGUUAGUUCAAAUACUCAGUCAUUCAGAUCGUGAGGGUUGUCAACAAAGUCACCAAGGAUUUCUACCGAAAGGUCAAGGCUUAAUUCAUUAUUCCAGCUCUAAAACAGUAGUUUUUAUGAUUUCUUGUUACUAUUACUGUUCUUCCAUUGACCAAUAGCAGGUCAGAUGAUAUGGUAACCAAGCGCCGCAGAUCAAGGAAUUUUCCAUCACCCGAGUAUUGCAUUCUGGACAUGGUGAAUGCUCAUCUUAAAAUGAACAGAGAGGGACGCAAGCUUACAAGGGGAGUUUUGGUAGGUAUCACGAAGUUUGAGACUGAUGUUUAAAUUCUUUGUGAGUAACACAGGCAUUUUAGAAAAAAAAUCCAAGUUCUUCUAACAGGAGUCAAAAGUUCUGUUUCUAGUCCAGGUGCUCUUGACUAGUAUUCAGCUACAGAACACUGGUGGGAGCUAACAAAGUUUUUUUUCCUUUGAGUACGCGCGGUAAAUUGAACGUUUGUGAUCAAAUAAGUCGCAUGAUGAGUUCGCAGUUUGGCUUGGCAAAUAUGUUAUCUUAAGUACUUGUGUUUUUUUUUGUGAAAAUGUAGUCAUGUUUAUUUGAACGUUUGUUUGGGCUUAGUGGUCUAAAACAUCGAUCUUUUAUGUUCUAUCUUAUGCAGAGUUUAAGCGACCUAACAGACAGCAGGUAUGUAUGUGAAUACCGUUAGAAAACUCUUAUUCCAUGAAACAAAUAAUUUUCUUCAACUUUGUUGCUUUAAAGUUCCUUUAAGCUCCGUCACGACCAACGUCAAGAUAAGUAUAAUACACCGAGAUUAACUCUAAUUUGUUGAUUUUUUUUUUUUGUCAUUAGGGUGCUUUGUGCUCUUGUUAAUUCAUUUGUUCCAGAAACAUUCACCACGGAAGUCUUGCUAAAUGACAGGUUUGAUAUUAAGCGACUUAGAUUUAGUUUCAUAGGGCACACGAAUACUUUUUUGAAACUAAAUUAAGGAAAGUCUCCAAAACUAUUUACAACGGCCUUUUUUUCUUUACAGAUGGACAAUAAAUCUCGCCUUAACCACUGCAAAUCAGAUGUUCAAGUCCUCAAAUCCGUUCGACUCGCAAGAUUUGGUCGAGGUAUGUAAGUACUAAAAAUGUUGCGUUUCCUCGUGAGCAGUGUUACCCUGCGAAAAGAGGCUACAUUUUCGAGGUGUGAACUGUGAACUUUUCGAACGCCAGCUCAGGUAGACCAAUGAGUGAUGUAAUUCGUGAAAUUCGUGCGGAUAUAUUUCUUUGCGUUUUUAGCUGUUAUUCUUACAUGUAACUCUUAAAAAUAAAUAUUUCUGCUUAACGUCCUUUCCUAUUUCUCAAGCACGGUUUUUUUUUAAUUCUUGGUAGGGUGACAUCAUGUCCGUGUGUUGCUAUUUCGCCUUUUUCUUCAUGAGCGGAUACAAGUAUCGACAAUCAAGAGCAGCACUCAAACGAUUGGUGAGUAUGUUCUCCUUACAAGCACAGUGCAUUGUUUAGAAGAAGUCGGUUAGAAGAAUUUAGAGGCUCAUAUUAUAAGCAAUUUAACAAGAUAGGUGAGUAUGGUGCUUUUGACUCGGGAAAAAAAUGGAUAGGACAAGAGGACAAUAUUCCUCAAAGACUUUGUGGUGUAUUUUGUAGGAUGAACUGAAUGUUUUAAAAAUCGGAAUCAAGGACGAAAUGGAGCAGUUCCCAUCGCUUAUAACGAACGUGAAGGAUCUAAAAAGAAAGAAAGAAUUGGAAAAUCUGAUAUCAGUUUACGAUGAAGGUAGGUCUACUACCACGAAUAUUGUAAAGCGAAAAUAGGGUGCCAACAAAAGUCGUUAAGGUUUGAACCAAUCAUCAGCUGGCCAAUUCUCAAUGGUUUCAGUAUAGUCUUGUUACAUUCCAAGUUUUUUUUGUUCAUAUUCAAACUGAUCUGUUUUCAGAAAUUCAAUUCUUGGAGCAAAAUUAUGACAUCGUCAAGUGCAAUAUAUGGAUGAGACAAGUCGCGGAGAUACAGAAUAAGGUUAAAAAACUGGUGGAUUAUUUUUUCGUUUCAUCGGUUUAUCAUUCUUGAGUAUUAACUGCACUUUAAGACGUUUCGUUUAUACUUCAUUGCAGUGCAGAGCAAUAGUCGCGGAGAAAAUUGUUCAAAGAUUUGAUGUCGUCAAAGUCCCCAGGUACCGUAUGUUAAACGUAGCUGUGGUUGUAAAUUAUCAUUCUUUUGAAGUAUCAUUAUGCCUUUGCGUGUUUUUAUGCUUUGUCUGUGCUUAUAUACGCAAACAUUUAGUUUGUAGGUUGCUUUUAUCUUCCUUGUACUCGUUUUGGGUAGCUGUAACAAUUACGCACUAGUAAUAAGAACAACUUAAGGCCGGCUCUUAGCAGUCACUUUGUGUUAUCUGUUUGUUGUGGUUAAUAAUCGUUACGCCAAUAUAUAUAACUUGAACUUUUGCAAAUGUAGAAUUUUGAACUAGUUUUCUAAUUUGAUUUACUGCGUUAUAUAUUUAGCCCCUUCAGAGAUUUCAACCCUCCCGUUUUGGUUUCUCAGCCAUUUGUACCCUUUUGGCAUCCGACCAUGAGCCCGCGAUAAUUUUGGGCGCAGUAUUUCCAUUGACUGUGAUCUCAAAAUGCAGGAAAUGGCCCCCAGGACCCCCCUAUGAGGCUCGCACUUUCGGCGCUCUUGGGAGCGGCUAUGCCGCUCCUAAGACCUCCCUCUUUUUUAGUUCACAGAGUUGGAAUCUUUGCGGCCCUUUUUCCGCUAAGAAAUCAACUGUAACUUGGUUGGUAGAGUUUGUUUUUCACGCGCUUGCUACAAGCCGCUUGGUUUGCCUCGCGUUCUGAUUGUCUGUGCCUUUUGAGAAUGGCUAGAAUAGUUUCUAUGGCUACAGGUUAAUGACACCUAAGUGGACACCACUCUAUCUGUACGUUUUAUCAGGAGGCUAAAGGCCACUGGUUUUAUUUACUGUUGUUGUUGUUACUGUUAUUACUUUUCUGGCAGGAAUGUUACAAUUAAUGAUCUUGCAGUGGAUCUGAUUAUUAACCUGGUAAGCUUUUUCCGUUUAAUGUUUUCACUACCCCCUCACCCCACCCCCUCCCAAACUGAAAGAGACAAAUAUUUGAAGUAAUAAUAAUAAAAAAAAAACACAUUUAAGAAUCCUAACUUUUACAAGCGUGGCCGAAGAUUUGAACUUCGAACUACCAAGAUUAAAUCCACAGUAUGCCAUGUGUUAAUAUAUCAUACUAAAUUAAUGCAAAUAUGUGGGAAAUAGCCGACAGUCGAUAUGUCUUUAUUUUGCUAACUUAUUUUCAGAGCCUGACUUGUGGUACAGGAUUUUACAGUAGCAAGGUGCAUGAAACAGUUUGGAAAGGUCGUAAACUGGUUUUGAGAGACAAGGAAACAGGUUAGGAGAAUUUAGCUUAAUUACGAAGCCAUGACUACUUAACUAUACUCGUCUAGAAGUUCUAGAAGUUUUAUAAUAAGUAUUUGUUUUUGCAAAUUUAUUUUGUCUUUUUGUCAUAAUAGGGGAAUUUUUUGAUGACUUCUCUGGAAAUGCUGAUCAGAAAGGUAAUUCCCACCUAACUGUGCACUGCGUACUGUUUCUGGAGAUUUUUUCAGCUCAUCUAUUUGCUCCCAUUUUAGAAACGGUCCGACAAAUGCUUGGCUUGGAAGAAGAACAAGUUGCUGAGAUAAGUGGUGACAAUUCGAAAUAUGAGGUAAUGCUCAUUUUCCACCUCGAUUUACAUGUAUUAUUUUUUAUGAACUAUCGCCUUAUCUGAGAUCCCUGUGGCUGGUGACCUUAGCACCUUUUACCAACCGCCUCAUCCAUCUCAUUUUCAGAUAUAUUUUGAAAGCUCUUCAAGAAAUAAGACUUUGAAGGCUGGAUCCUGGUAUGUUAAAAGAUAACUUCUCUAAGGCAUGGCAAACAGCCCUUGUAAACAAAUAAUUCAAAUACAACAUAACAGGAUAAAAACCCCAACUGCCAGGAGGCAAUCACUUGGCUAUUUACAAGCGUGGCUGAGACCGCUGGAUUGCGAGUCCGACUUCCUGUCCCCUCUCCCUCUGCACGCUGCCUCCGAAUAAGGUGCUAACAAUGCUCUUAGCAAGGCAUAGAGCUGUUUGUGAACAGAUAUGGACAUUAUUCAACAUAAGAACAGCCUUAUUUUCAUGAACACUGAUUGUUAAAGUUGAUUUUCUUCAGCCUACAAUUGUGACAAUAACUUAGAAAAAAUAUACAAGUUAACAAUUAAAAUGGUUACCGUUAAGAGGAUUUCGAGCAAACUUCCGUUGGCAUUUACCCGGGCUGGCCGGCUAGUAUCAAUCGAAUUUUUAAUGCUUUCCGCGUAUAAAUGAUAUUGUCACCGUCAAUGGCUGACAGACCUUUUUCCUUUUUAAAAUGUCAUUUUAUUGCUAAGUUAAUAUUGGAAAGGCUGGUUUAAGUUGCGAGUAAACAUUAUGCCAAGGCACCAGUUUGUUAUUUAUCCCCUCUCGAAAAGUUGAAAGUUGACAAUUACCACGAAUAAUGGUAGGAAAUGCUUUUUUUCUUUUCCUUUCAGGUUCCUGUAUCAGAUUUUCCCAGGUACUACACUGCAAUGUCAGCGGUUGUUGUUCAAAGCAGCAAAAACUGGAGAGCUGGAUACUGUACAGAAACUGGUAAGCAAAUUUCUAUCUUUUAACUCUGCUAUUGUAUUAACUUCCUUCGCCUGGGUGGGAGGCUACGUUUCGAAUGACUUUUUUUUUCCGUCCUUGCUUCGAGAAUAGAAGUGCAAAACAUUGCGAUUAGUAACAAAAAGUGGCUAUACCAAGACAGAAAAAUUUAACGAGCCUAUCAUAAGGUGGUGAUUGGGGUUUGAUGUGCGGUAAUGCGGUAUCAUCUAGCCCUGCGGUAAUAGUGUGGGUUUUUAUCCUUUUAGCUGACGGUAUUUGGUAAAAGAAGAUCCUUUACGGUAUCACGGUAUCACCUUCAUUUGCGCUCUCCUGUCUAAUACAGGUCAAUACAAUAUGCAACAAAAAAAGCAGUAAGCUUUAUCGGUUGAUAAAAGUUGAUGUUUUUAAGUCUUUAGACAUAAAUGUUGAAUGAUUACACCAUGACAAUUAAUCUACGAUGUCUGAGCUGGUGCAUUCAAUUUUAUCCUUGGUUUAAAUUUUAGGUACCGUCUUUCCCCUUGUUUUUAACUACUUCUCAUACACUACCAGACCCGAAAACAAAGGGAAAUAAAAUUUAAACCAAUAAUAAAAUUGAACCACAACACAUACCUGCUUGAGAUAAUCAAACAUCCUCAUAUGGAUACAACUUUAAGUAACCAGGUUGACCUUUGUGAGAUUACACAAGAAGCACAUCCACGCAGACAUAAUAGAGCGUAACUUUGCGAUAAAACACAACCAACAUAAGAUUGAAACUUUUCAUUGACUUUUUUUUAACGUCAUUCAACGUCGUAUGUGUAUGAUAGAGGGGGACAUUGGGUGUCGAAAAAUCGACAAAAUACCCAUACUGCUACUGGGGUAGUGAUGAUUAUAAAUGUAGCAUCGGUGUUUUGUCGAUUUUUCUACUCCCAAUUACAACGUCCCCCUCUAUCAUACACAUACCACGUUGAAUGACGUUAAAAAAGUCAUUAAAAAGUUUCAAUCUAACUUUGGUUGUGUUUUAUCGCGAAGUUACGCUCUAGUACGUCUGCGUGCAUGUGCUUCUUGAGUAAUCACACGAAGGUCAACCUUGUUCUAGGCCAAACAUUUCAACUGUCUGAUAUUGUGCGCUUCUCGGAUAAAUGCAUUGAUGUUCGGCCACUCAUCUAUAUUCAGACAUAAAUAUGUUUUGUCUAGACUGACCUUUGUUUCAAUCCACAUAGUGCAUGCACGUAAGAGGCCUACUGUACUAGAAACGUUACUUCCGCCAAAAGAUUGUUUUUGUCAGGAAUAUCUCAUAUCUCAAUGCUAGUAUCAGACUUUCCUAUCAGUGGGGCUUCAGCACUGUACGAUUGAGUUACUCCUUAGUAAGGUAACGAUUUGAAGUAACAAUUUUUUAAUAGCUAUAUUUCAUGAAAAUUACAGAGAUAUUAAAAAUAAAGAAAACUACACCAAGGAAACUGGAGAGGAAGCCAAGUAACCAAGAUACGAAAAAAAAACUGAAAGUUUUUCUAAAAUCACCGUCAUAUUUCAUCCUAUUUGAUCUUAUUUGACAUCAUACGUUCAAACACCUCUGAAACAUUUAUAGGUCAUCAAAGCUGUGUUUGUCACAAUCUUGCGCAUAAAAUAAGAAAAUACACACAUACUUUAAAAGAGCUUUUCAGCAUCAAUAGCACAAAUAUAGGUGGGAGUUCAUUCAAUUCUAAGACAUCUAAAUUCUGAGUUUACUAAAAGCUCCUCUAUAAAAGCAUCGCCUAUAUUUACGGUAUGCCAAACUUGAUUGACAUUUUCUUCUUAGUCUUGUUCACUUUGCAGCCGUGAUAACCUAACAAUAAAAAAGCAAAUGGAAUGAAAUAUGCCGGGAUGUUCUAGUCAGCACAAGACUGCAAACAGUCUUGUUUUUCCUUCAAAGUUAAUAGGGUAGUACAAUAUACGCGCGUGUGCGGCGAAGCGAGGCCCGAGAAACGGCGCCGAACUCAAGAAAAGAGAGUCUGUUUCACAAUAAUCACCGGAUGUUUAGAGGGAUGCGCUGCUUGACCUGCUCUCGUGGGGAAGUGUGUUGUUAACUCAGUUAUACUGUGUUAUUUCCGUGAAUGAAGGUAGGACGUGUGGAAGCGUGUGGAAACAUCUUUUUAUUUUGGAAGAAGGAGAACUCUGUUAAACACCAGAAAGCUCAGAAAAAAAUUUGAGCUCCAGGUGAGAAUCCAACUCACGACCGUCCGAGCUCUGGUUCGAAUGUUAUUCCCUGAAUCGAAAAAGAUUCUGGACCAAAAAAACUUCUUCAGCGAACACUUGGACAUUCUACCUUCAGACCGCCCGUUCAAACUCAAAUUAUAUGUUUUAUGAAAGUAUUUCAUAUGGGCCUACAAAUGCGAUCGCUUUGUCUCGGCGCUUAAACACUUAAACACACAAGAUGAAUUUUCUUGAUAUUUUAUCAACUUCUCCCCACUACUUCUGUAGGAAAUGAAUAGGGGCAACAAAUGAGAAUUCAAGUUUUGAUCUUAGGCUUUAAAGGGUUAAGAUGAUAUUAAGUAAAUAAUGGCGUAGUUUCUACGACCAACAUCUCACAACGACGUUUUAUUCUUUUAAAAGCCCUAACAAACCUAACUGGCUUUUUCUUUCGUUAUGUUUCUCGCGGGGACGCGCCGUGUUUUCGAACCUCCAAAUGGAAACAGAAACUAGCAAACAAAGCUAGAAUAGGUUCUUCCCAUAUUAAGAUUAUAUUAAGGAAAUAAUGUCGUAGUUCCUGCGACCAAAAUCUUACAACGACGUUAUAUUUUUAACAAACCUUAACUGACUUACUUGCAUUUUUCUUUCGUCGUUUUCCUCGGGAACGCGCCCGUUGUUCUCGACGCUCCAAAUGGGGGUCUCCUGCUUUCCAUGUACCAUUCCAGUUUGCCCCGUUCUGUGUCCUGAAUCUUCCAUUCCAGUAUCGUGAACUCUGUUUAGGUUACUUUCAACGGCUCUCAGAACUGAGUAUAUUUUCUUCAAGAAGUACAUCACAGUGGCCAUCAAGACAAGUAAUACAAGGCUUAUUAUUCCGGUCGUCAUGAUUACAAUCGUAGCAGUCGUAGCUGUUGGCUUGAAGUCACUUUUGAAUAUUCAGAUUUGUAUUGUCCAGGAAUUCUGCACUUUUUAUGUUUCGUCAGCAAUAAACAUCUGAGAGGAUGUUCUUCGAAACAAUACGACAAAGCUUGCAAUACUCCACUCACGCUUCUUCGGAUAUCUGUACGAGUCACGAGUACUGUGCACCUUCCAAUGACAAUACAAUGUUCCACCGAAAGCGACAGUUUAAAUACACAAUUGCUCCGGUCACGAGUAAUUAAACGGCCUCCAACGCUUGUCAAGGCAAACUGACUUUUGAAACGUCCGCGGGUCUAUUUUUAGAAGAGCAGGGUAUUGUUCACACCCAUUUUCACUGAUCCCAACCGUAAGCAAUAGAAAACGUUUUCUUUCCGUGUUUGCAUAGCCUGACAUGAACACGAGAGGGGUUGGGAGAAUUCGAGACAGUUAUGCAAACCCGAAACGAAGUCGAGGGUUUGCAUAACUGUCGAGAAUUCUCCCAACGCCUCGAGUGUUUAUAUCUGGCUAUGCAAACACAGGAAAAAAGUUUUCUGUUGCUUUUAUAAAAUAACUUUCCCGAGAAAAAACGCAAAACUCUUUGUUAUGGCACUGAUUAAAAGAGAAAUUCUUACCAGUCGCAAAGCCUUGUCCACGAAGUCUUGCACGAGUAAUCAGUUCUUGUUUUGCAAAAAGAUACUUUCCAAGACACGGAUUUUUCUCGCUUAAAAUGUCAGCUUAAGCGAAGAAAAAUUGACACCCUUUCUUUGUAACGAUUUUCCAAGUUUCAGCCGACGAAGGAAUUGGUAAAUAAAGUAAACUUGUCGAGUGUUGAACUCGAAAACUUUUUCAAAUUCGUGCUUGCGUGAUUAGCGCGCGAAAAGCAAACAUCUUGACGCCACAACCAUGUUUACAUACUCUCAUGUAGGAGCCGAUUAAGUAAUCGGCUCCUGUCUCAUGCAAACACUCCUCUCGACCAAUCAGAGCGCGCGUACUAUCUUAGUUAUUUUAUAAAAAUAUUUAUUCCAUCACUACAAAACAUUAGAUUACUUGGACUAAGAGCAAAGUCACGAAUAUAGAAAGGAUUUGAACUGCAUGCAUAAGCUUUUAAACAGGAGUACUCGGUCGUCGUUCAAAAGUACGACGUUCCUCGAAUAUUUUACUCAAUUAUCAUGCCCUCUAGUCCAUUUCUUCUUCUUCUUCUUCUUCUUCUUCUUCUUCUUCUUCUUCUUCUUCUUCUUCUUCUUCUUCUUCUUCUUCUUCUUCUUCUUCUUCUUCUUCUUCUUCUUCUUCUUCUUCUUCUUCUUCUUCUUCUUCUUCUUCUUCUUCUUCUUCUUCUUCUUCUUCUUCUUCUUCUUCUUCUUCUUCUUCUUCUUCUUCUUCUUCUUCUUCUUCUUCUUCUUCUUCUUCUUCUUCUUCUUCUUCUUCUUCUUCUUCUUCUUCUUCUUCUUCUUCUUCUUCUUCUUCUUCUGCUUCUUCUUCUUCUUCCUUUUGUUGUUGUUCUUCUCCCUCUUCUUCUUCUUCUCUUCUUCUUCUUCUUCUUCUUCUUCUUCUUCUUCUUCAUUCUUCUUCUUCUUCUUCUUCUUCUUCUUCUUCUUCUUCUUCUUCUUCUUCUUCUUCUUCUUCUUCUUCUUCUUCUUCUUCUUCUUCUUCUUCUUCUUCUUCUUCUUCUUCUUCUUCUUCUUCUUCUUCUUCUUCUUCUUCUUCUUCUUCUUCUUCUUCUUCUUCUUCUUCUUCUUCUUCUUCUUCUUCUUCUUCUUUCUUCUUCUUCUUCUUCUUCUUCUUCUUCUUCUUCUUCUUCUUCUUCUUCUUCUUCUUCUUCUUCUUCUUCUUCUUCUUCUUCUUCUUCUUCUUCUUCUUCUUCUUCUUCUUCUUCUUCUUCUUCUUCUUCUUCUUCUUCUUCUUCUUCUUCUUCUUCUUCUUCUUCUUCUUCUUCUUCUUCUUCUUCUUCUUUUUCUUCUUCUUCUUCUUCUUCUUCUUCUUCUUCUUCUUCUUCUUCUUCUUCUUCUUCUUCUUCUUCUUCUUCUUCUUCUUCUUCUUCUUCUUCUUCUUCUUCUUCUUCUUCUUCUUCUUCUUCUUCUUCUUCUUCUUCUUCUUCUUCUUCUUCUUCUUCUUCUUCUUCUUCUUCUUCUUCUUCUUCUUCUUCUUCUUCUUCUUCUUCUUCUUCUUCUUCUUCUUCUUCUUCUUCUUCUUCUUCUUCUUCUUCUUCUUCUUCCUCUUCCUCUUCCUCUUCUUCUUCUUCUUCUUCUUCUUCUUCUUCUUCUUGUUCUUCUUCUUCUUCUUCUUCUUCUUCUUCUUCUUCUUCUUCUUCUUCUUCUUCUUCUUCUUCUUCUUCUUCUUCUUCUUCUUCUUCUUCUUCUUCUUCUUCUUCUUCUUCUUCUUCUUCUUCUUCUUCUUCUUCUUCUUCUUCUUCUUCUUCUUCUUCUUCUUCUUCUUCUUCUUCUUCUUCUUCUUCUUCUUCUUCUUCUUCUUCUUCUUCUUCUUCUUCUUCUUCUUCUUCUUCUUCUUCUUCUUCUUCUUCUUCUUCUUCUUCUUCUUCUUCUUUUCUUCUUCUUCUUCUUCUUCUUCUUCUUCUUCUUCUUCUUCUUCUUCUUCUUCUUCUUCUUCUUCUUCUUCUUCUUCUUCUUCUUCUUCUUCUUCUUCUUCUUCUUCUUCUUCUUCUUCUUCUUCUUCUUCUUCUUUCUUCUUCUUCUUCUUCUUCUUCUUCUUCUUCUUCUUCUUCUUCUUCUUCUUCUUCUUCUUCUUCUUCUUCUUCUUCUUCUUCUUCUUCUUCUUCUUCUUCUUCUUCUUCUUCUUCUUCUUCUUCUUCUUCUUCUUCUUCUUCUUCUUCUUCUUCUUCUUCUUCUUCUUCCAGGACCGGAACUGGACUAGCUUGCCUCCGAGCGUUUGUUUUCAAGGCGCGCGCGAGUGAGUGAGCAACGUUGAAACAUUAUUUAUUUUAAAAAAAAGGCUUAAUCGCUAUUCUAAAUGAAAGUUUCAAAGUUUAGAUGUAUACAUUAAUGGCGUUAUCUUUACCCAUCACCUGUUGUCUUAAUUCGGAAGAAGGAGAUUUCUAAACCCAGAAGAAAGCUCAAAAAAAUAUCCGAGCUCCAGGUGAGAAUCGUACUCACAACCUUCCGAGUUCUUGUUCAAGUUCGGAUGAUAGGUGACAAAGUGCAAAAUUAUGCCUUUACUGGACUGAUCACGAUAGUUUUUCUAGUCAUGGUUAUUUCCAUUUUGCCACAAAGUAUGACAUGUCUAAACGAGUGGGUCUUGUAGAAAAAUAGGAAAACCGUAUCGAAAAGCAUUUGUAUAGAAACAACAAACAUGUAAAUCUUAUUAUGCGCGCAAACAGGAUGGUCACGAAACUUCCGGCAUGCUUAAAUAUUUUUAUAAAAGUAUUGUUCUCACGUCUUUUGAUUGGUGAAACAUUUUCGCUGGCCACUCAAGGCGACCAUAUAUCUAAACUAUAUUGGUAGCUCCGUUUCCUUAUGUUUCGUUUUCGUUUUCGUUGUUUUUUUUCUCCAUUUCUUGUUGUAAUAACGGAAAGAAGAAACUCAGUAUCAGCUAACAUCGUACAAGUGUCCUAAUCAUGGAUUAACAUGAAUUUUAGAGAAGAAAAGAAGAUAAAGGUCAAUUGUGAGGAAAACCAAAAGAAACUACACUGACACUCAGCCAUGGAGCUUACAAAAAAAAUAAGAACUGUUUUCUUUUUUCAUUCAGUGACACAGGCGGUAUCAUUCACCUUCAUAAUAUUGAUACAGGUCCAAACAGGAUUUUUGCUAAGGUUUGAAUACCUCAAACAUUUAAUAGACUGCAAAACAGUCGGUUUUUUCCUCAAAAUCAGUAAAGAAAUCGGUAAAGCGUGGCGUGAGAGUCUUACGCGCGCGAAGCGCGCGAGCCAGCGUCUCUCCCCAGUCUCGCUCUCUGUUUUCAGCCUCGUUCCACACCUUCUGUUUGACUGCUCGCACGUGCUUGAAUACGCAAAAAUACGGACUGUUUUGCAGUCUAAACAUUUAAAGGUUUUCAAAGCUAUACGGUUAUGACGUGGUUAUGAGCGAAUACAAGCAAAGUGUUAUGUUACUUUUUCGCGCUUCUCUUAUGAAAGGCUUUUUAGGAUCAGUCUCAAAAAUAAAACUACGAUUUCAUCUAAUUCUUAGACAUCGAAACUCUGAUUUAGCAUCGCCAACAUAUACAAUAUGUACACUGUACGUAAGAGUUAUCUGGCUUGGUCUUGGUCACUUCCCAGCUGCAAUAUCCUAACAAAAGAAAAGCAAGUGAAAUUAGAUGUACCCGGAUGUUGUAGUCUAACACUAGACUUCGAGCAGUCUGGUUGAUGAGGACUUUUUUCCUUCCAACGCAAGUUAAAAAUCUAGAUGUUUCCUGUAGUCUUUUUAAGCCUCCAAGUGGUUUGAUUUUGUCCGUAGCUGCUCUCAUUCAGCGCUCUGAACUCUUAGGAACAGAAACUAGGAACAAAAUCUUUUGUAAAAUUUAAAGGUCACAUGAAAGCAACGUUUUAGAUGGGUUAAGGUUAAUCCCUGUUCCGGCCGUGAAAAUUUCGUUACUUGAACUUAACACAGUAUAAUACAAAGUUUUUUCUUCCCUUUUCUUUUCAAACUUAAACUCACUUACUUCUUUGUUUCUUUCGUCAUGCGCGUUCCACAAGAACAUGACUCCACCGUGCACCUCUGUCCGUUUUGUAGCCUCCAUCUCAAUAUCGUGAACUGGGUGAAAACUGCACUCAACGGCUCUCAGAAUUGAGUAUAUUUUCAUCACAAAGUACAUCACAAUGGACACCAAGACAAGUAAUAAAAGGCUUAUUAUUCCGGUCGUCAUGGCGACUUCGUUUCUUCUUUUCGUUCACUGACUGUGAAUGUGGUACUUUUUCUGCCCACUGAAAAAUACGUGCAAAAUUGGUUUUCUUCUGAUAAAUUUUCCGUCAUGGUGUUCUUAAAGCUUGCCGGACUCUACUUUGGGUUCCUCGGAUAUGUGUUAACGGGUCCAACAGUGACGAGUAUCAAGCACGUUUCAGUAAGCUUACUGCUUUGAAAUAAUUUCUUGCGUCACGUGUAUUUUCUGUUCUAAAAGUAGACUGAUGUUCCGAGGAAAUUUAAGUACUUACAACUGUACAGUACCGCAAGUGAUUCCCGACCCGACCGCAAAUGAUCCCCAAAAUCGACUGUAAAUGAUCCCAUGAGGAAUUAGGAAAUGGAAUGGAUUUCAGGCAUGGACGGUAAAUGGUGGUGAGAACUUGAACAAGGCGUAAAACAACGCAGUGAAAAAAAAAGAAAAGUAGCCGUUCUGCUUUUUUUUUCUCCUUUCUCUUAAACAAUUAUGACCUUACAAUAUUCCACCGAAAUCGACAGUUUUAAAAGCGUAAGUCGAGUGCUUAAAUACACAAUUUCCGUGGUCACAUGUCCUCCUCCGACACUUGUCUGGGCGGGCUCUUAAAGGCCGUUGAAACCAUAGGUAGCCCAAGCUCGAAAUAUCAGCAUCGGCAUUGUUGCGUAACAUUCAAAAUAUAAGGAUUUGUAUGGGAAAAAAACCUAUCGUUUCUGUAACCUACGAAAAUGAAAUGAUUUCAAUAAAAAACAGCUUACCUUACUUAAAAUGUGUGUUACGUCUCUCCUGUGAGGUCCACGAGCCGAUUUGAGAAAACCGUUUACAUAAAAACCCAUAAAACGGCCAUAAAUCGGCCCGUGGACCACACAGGAGAGACGUAACACACAUUUUAAGUAAGGUAAGCUGUUUUUUAUUGAAAUCCUUUCAUUUUCGUGAGUUUCAGAAACGAUAGGUUUUUUCCCAUACAAAUCCUUAUAUUUUGAAUGUUACGCAACAAUGCCGAUGCUCGUAUUUCGAGCUUGGGCUACCUAUGGUUUCAACAAAGGUGGUUUCAACGGCCUUUAAGAGCCCGCCCAGACAAGUGUGUAAGCUAAAGGAAACCACAUUUAUGAACUUCAACUCAUUCAUACAAGACACGAAGUGACGCCACAGGUAGCCCAAGCUCGAAAUAUGAGCAUCGGCAUUGUUGCGUAACAUUCAAAAUAUAAGGAUUUGUAACACCAGAAGAAAGCUCGAAAAAAAAAAAUCCGAGCUCCAGGUGAGAGAAUCGAACUCACGACUCUCCGAGUUCUAGUUCGGUGACAAUGUGCAAAAUUAUGUCCUUACUUUUUUUUAGUCAUGGUUUAAUAUUUCUAUUUUGCCGACCACAAAUUGUGACAUGUCAAACUUCAAUCCAUAAGUGGUUAUUGUAGAAGCCAGAAUAGGAAAACCGUAUCGAAAGGCCUUUGUAUAAAAACAACAAACAUGUAAAUCUUAUUGGUAUUGCACAAACAGGAUAGUCACGAAACUUCCGGCAUGCUUAAAUGUUUUUAUAAAAUUAUUAUUCUCUAGAUAGAUGGUUGCCGUGGGUGGCCGAAUUGGUAGCUCCGUUUCCUUGUUUUCGUUUUUUCGUUUUUCUUUUUUUUUUUACUUGGGUUCCAUUUCUUGUUGUUUUAACGGGAAGAAAACAACUCAGUAUCAGCUGACAUCGUACAAGAGUCAAGCCGUUAAAAUGCUCAAGUUGUCAUGGAUUGACGUGAUUUUUAGAGACUGAGGAAAAAAGAUAACUUCGUAAAGGUAAAUUGUGAGGAAAACCAAAAGAAACUAAAACACUCAGCCAUGGAGCUUACAAAAAACACUUAGGAAAUGUUGAGAAAGCUCAUGAUUUCUUUUACAGUCAGUGACACAGGCGGUAUCAUUCACCUUCAUAAUAUUGAUACAGGUCCAUACAGGAUUGUUGCUAAGGUUUGAAUACCUCAAACAUUUAAAAGUUUCCAGUCAAAGCUAUGCAGUUAUGACGUGGUUAUGAGCGAAUACAAACAAAGAAUUAUGUUACUUUUUCGAGCUUCUCUUAUGAAAGGCUUUGUAGGAUCAGUAUCAAAAGUAAAACUACGAUUUCAACUAAUUCUUAGACAUCGAAACUCUGAUUAAGAGUUCUCUAUGAAAAGCAUCGCCAAUAUAUACAAUAUGUACACUGUACGUAAAAGCUAUCUAGUUUUAUCUUGGUCUUGCUCACUUCCCAGCUUCAAUAACCUAACAAAAGAAAAGCAAGUGAAAUUAGAGGUACCCGGAUGUUGUAGUCGAACACUACGCGCCCUAGUGGCGAGGUCCCCAGACGCGAGAAGUGGGGGCAGAAGAAUGCCCUGACUUUCCAACAAUGGCAUUAGCGGCGCUUGACUUGCUGUCCUGAGAAACAGUGUUGUUAAACUCGAUUAUACAACGUUAAUGAAAGUUGGUUGAGCAUGACUUCUGUAAAGAAACAUCUUUUCGCGAAGGGUUGUUAAAAAACAACUGAAACGUAAAUAAAAACCACAUCUUUGACUAUUUGCCUUUCAACGCAAGUUAAAAAUCUUAAUGUUUCUUGAUAGUCUAUUUAAGCUUCCAAAUGGUUUGAUUUCGUCCGUAGCAGUUCUCAUUCAGCGCUGUGUGCUCUCAAGAGCAGAAACUAGUAACAAUGAACUUUCUGUAAAAUUAGGGGUGAUGAAUGGUCCAUGAAAAUUUUUAACUGCCCGCAAAAUUUUACCUUUGCUCGAUGUGCUCGCAAAAUUUAAAGGAGUGCUCGCUUACUCGUGCUCCCCAAAUUUUUGCGUUGCUCGCAAGCUCGCAAAGCAAUUUUUUUUAUUUCUGGUCGUGCUCGCAAAAAAAAUAGCAGUGCUCGGCAUGCUCGCGAAUGCUCGCAAAGACCAUUCGUCACCCCUAAAAUUCAAAGGCCACGGAGAGCAACAUUUUAGAUAGGUUAAGGUUAAGCCCUGUUCCGGCCGUGAAAGUUUCGUUAGCUUGAACUUAACACAGUACAAUACAAAGUUUUUUCUUCCCUUUUCUUUUUAAACUUUAAUUCACUUACUUCGCUGUUUCUUUCGUCAUGUUCCUGUGGAACGCGCGAGGUGUUCUCGUACUUCUCGGCCAUCAAAAUCAGGGUUUGCCUCUGUCUUGGUGCUACUCCACCGUGCACCUCUGUCCGUUUUGUAGCCUCCAUCUCAAUAUCGUGAACUGGGUGAAAACUGUACUCAACGGCUCUCAGAAUUGAGUAUAUUUUCAUCACAAAGCAUAUCACAAUGGACACCAAGACAAGUAAUACAAAGCUUAUUAUUCCGGUGGUCAUGGCGAUGUUUCUUCUUUUCGUUCACUGACUGUGAAUGCGAUACUUUUUAUGCCCACUGAAAAAUAGGUGUUUUUCUCCUGAUAAAUAUCCCGUCUUUGAUGUUCGUAAAACUUGCCAGAUUCUACUUUGGGUUCUUCGGGUAUUAACAGGUCCAACAGUGGCGAGUAUUAAGCAGGUUUCAGUAAGUUUGCAGUUUGAAACUUUGCUCGCCAAAGACGAAAGUGCUUAAAUAAACAAUUUCUCGUGUCACGUGCAUUUAUAAAAACAUUGAGCGAUAUUUUGGCCUGCUCAUUUCCUCUUUUGCUCAUUUGCAUUGAUGAUGCUAAUGUAUACAGGAAAUACGUGUGCCGCAUUUUUAAAACCAGCAAAACCAACGGAAAACACUUUAUUGCUGACCUCUUGAUAGAUCAGACUAGUAGUCUAUAAGAAGUGUCUUUUGUGAAGUUUCUUGACUGACACUAGUUAUAACAGUUACAACAGAGUCGAACUUCUAAAACUCACUGUAUUUUCCUGUAUUUUGCGCCUCACCUGUCUCGAGACUCAAGAGUUAACUUUUGUCAUCCAGAUAUACUUUUCUUAUUUUACUUCCUAAUUGGGUGAUAUGGUCUUUCCAUCAAACGUAUAUAACGUUCAAUUCAGUGACCAUAACACGAUAUUGGCGGUUAAUCGCUGAACAAAAGUUAAACCUUAAAACCAUCUGAGUAUUUCCUGUUCAAACUAUAUCAUUUCUCUCUUCACAUCAGUUGAAAACGUGACUUUUCUGGGUAGAGAAACUAAAUAAACGUGAUCAAAGGCCGUCAAAUAAGAAUUUCAAAUUCAAUAGGGUUCGUGCAGUGGCACGUUGGGUUUCUUUUUGGUGGCUAAUUUAAAAGUUAGUCAAGUUAAAAACAUAUAAUUGUAUUGUAUUAACAGAUUUUCAACACGCAAAUGAUUAUAUCCUUUAGCCUUAGCUUUAUUCUUAUCAUAUUCUUAAAGAAAAAAAAGUUUAUUUCGAUGACCGGCGAGCAGGUAAGAAUUGUUAUUUUUGUAUGUUUUGACUAGAAAAGUCCUAUUUUACAUCUUUGAAACGUUUAGGAAGUCAGAUAAGAGUAAAUCUGGAUGACAAAAGUUGACUCCUGAGUCACGAGGCAAAUGAUUCACAGAAUACAUGAAACUACAGUGUGUUUUAAAGGCUGGAUUCACCAAACCACCGUUCACCAAAAAUCCCUCUUAUAGACCGCCAAUUCUAGCGUAGGGAAUCUUUUCAUAGUGUUUUUAGGUCAGUACGAUGUUGCAAAAAAACUGGGCCGUCGUUUGCAAGUUUUUCCUUUUUGCCCGUCUUCGAUAAAACCGUGACAAAAGACGACGGACGAAUUAACGAAUAAUCCUCUGAUCCGUCUUUCCCUACCCCUUACGUUGAUAAAGGGGCAAAUAAUGGCUCCGAAUAUUUGCGGUAUUUAGCUCCGAUCAGCUUGACUAAUAAUUGUAAAUUGCUUAUCAAUUUUAGAGAUCAAUUCCUCUUCCUUGUUUACCAUAGGUGGCUUUUUUUAAUGCUGACAAGAACUUUAUUAAGUCCAAGGAACACGGAUCAGGAAACACUGCACUUCAUAUGGCCUGUCGAAAUGGACACUUGGUGAGUAGUUGCAAUGAUAUUAAUAUACUUUAUGCAUAUAACCAAUCAUAUAAAGGGAAGAUACCAGAGGUUAGCCCUAUCGAGAAUACCUUCCAAACAAAUAUAAAUGAGAAAAGAAAACCUUACAAAAAAUAAAAAAACAUUAUGAGUGAAACUGAAGAUAAAAUUUUACAAUUAAAACUCUCAUUCUGCACUGUCAUAAAAUACGCUUAGGUAAAUCAAUUUUGUUCUUCAUCUCAUUUUAAAGGGUACUGAGUUCUUUGCUUCUGCUAUUUCCUUAGGCAAAUCAUUCCACUGUUUAUUAAUUUUGGCAAAGAAUGAAUAUUUAUUAUGUCGAGUAAACUUAGAGCAAUUUGUUUCCACUACAUUUUUUAAACUGUAUCUUCAGUUUUCACAUAAUUUAUUGCAGUUCUGACUUGCCUCAUCGACCUUAUUAAAACUUACUUGUUUUGAAAUGUAUAUGGCAAUUGUAUAUAGUAAACUUGUAAUGACGAGAGCAUUAGCUGUUAUCUUUAAGGAAUAAAGUAAAUAAUAUGAGAAGAGGUGAUGCUAAAAAAUCGGUUUCAGCUGAGCUUGCUUUGCUUCAGUGUCUCUUUUAUCGACCAGUCUGGCUUAAACAUCAAAACUAUAAAUCAUGGUUUACUGGUUGGGUUUUCCCGCCCUUGACUAGCCUGCAGACACAGACGUAUUUCUGGUAGCGACGACCGGAAAUAUGUCUGUGUCCGCAUGCUAGCCCUUGACAUCAGCUAGCUCCAAAAUCUGAUUGGCUCACAGGGUAUGUCUGCCUGGAUUUUAGUUAAACAGAGUGGUGACCUCGAGUUCCUACGCUAAAAGCCGGGAGGCAACAGCGAAAAAACGCACUUGAGUAGGUCAUGGUCCGUUCUCUUCCGACUGGUUGAAAACAUUUUGCCAUUUUUUCGACCAGUCACAAGGCGAAAUUCUACUGAAACCGCUGUAACUAAAACAAAAUUUGUACUUAUGGCGUUAGGAGCUUGCGCGUCCAUUUCGUCACCUUUUUUUGCAUUGUUUUUUUUUUUAUGUUUUCAGGAUAUCGUUCUUUACUUGUUGGAAAAUGGAGCUGACAUUGAUAUGUUCAAUAAUCACAACAACACGCCAUUUUUCCUGGCCACCGAAAGUUUACAAAAAGAGAUCUGUCAGGUGAAAAGUGACUUGAUCUAUCAGGCAGCAGCUGACUGACUGACUGACUGACUGACAGACAGACAGACAGACUGACUGACUGACAGACUGACUGACUGACUGACUGACAGACUGACUGCGUGACUGACUGACAAACUGACUGACUGACGGACUGACUGACUGUCUGACUGGCUGACUGACAGACAGACUGACUGACUGACUGACUGUUCAACCAGCUGUCUGACUGAAUUACUGACCUAAUGAUUGGCUCACUGAAUGGCUGACUGUUUGACAGGAUGACUGUCUGAAUGGUAGCUGAUCCACCUGUUUGAUUACUGGAUGACUGGUUAGCUUGCUUAUUAACUGGCUGACUGUUUGGGUGAUUGAUGGCUUGUUUUAGUGGGUGACUGGCAGACUAAUGAUACAAUUGACUGCCUGACUGUCCAACUGACGUAUAGACCAACUGUCAGACUGACUGAUAGAUGGACUGACUAACUCAUGGGCGGCGUGAUUCAUAUGUCUCUGAAAUGGCUUAUUCUCUUCCUGUUUUUAGCUCCUUAUCGAGUGGGGAGCUGACGUGAUGAAACGUAACAAGAGUAGUAAGACAGCCUUUGAUCUAAUGCGGCAUUAUGAACUCAAGAAGUUUUUGGAAGGUAUGGAUAAUACCCUUGAACUUGUUUCGGGGUGGGAGAUAUUAGCGAAGCCUCCGAAAGUGUCGCCAUGUACAUGUGGGUGACACGCCAUACAUAAAAAAGGAAAAGAAAUCCCCUUAUAACAUCGUGGCUCACUGGCAAACGGAAUCCAUCACACACAGGGAGCCCAAAGUAGGGUUCUUCAUACAGGGCGCUUCGGAUUUUUAAGCCAGUUACUUUUGCUCGUUAUGAUGUUUCUUGUUUGUAAACGCCUUCUGUUUCUGUAGUUGAUUUUCGAUAGUUAUUCCUUUAUGAAUAAAAACUGUCUACAGAUUCACCAACAUUGACAGUGAACUUUCUAUAGGACACCAUUAGUAACCACAAUCUAAUAAACCACCAGCAAGGUUUGAUCCCAAUAGAACCCGGCAGACGAAGCUGAAAGAAAGUUGUUUUGGGCUGUUCUCAUUGCAGAUAAGUAUAAAGAAUGGCAUCAGCUUGUACCUCAGCUGAUAUCUGGUGAUAUCAAGAGGUUGACUAAAGUGGUAGAAGCGCAUCACAGGAGAGAGAAUAUGUUGGCCAGUUUAAGAAGCAGGUAUAUCAUUUAUUUCCUGUAAAAUGUUUGGUUAAACCCUCAUGUUGCUAUUGGCUAUACAGGGAAAUUUGUAUUAGCUUUUGUAGAGACGUUUCAGUUUGGCUUGCUUGGUUUCCAUUUCAGACCACGUAAUGUUGCUUCAGAGAACAGUUUCUUUCAAAUGUCCCCCAACUAGACCAGUUGUUUAAAAAAGCACCUACCAAAUUUUUUUGCGCGGUAUCAUUCACUACCAAGCCCUUGUCACAUAACGUUUUUGAUUGCUGUUUUAACACCACUGGAAACUUCUUUUCUAUUUCUUUCUAUUUUUUCCAGGUGUGUAAGCGGUAGCACACUGCUCCAUACCGCUUCUUUCUUUGGAGCUAUACCAGUUAUCAAGGUACAAUUUUCAGACUUUUCGUCAUGUUCCCAUUAUAACGUUUAACGAAAAUGCUUUUAUAAGUUGCCUGUGUCAGCUAAUCUCUUCUCAUCUUUUGUGAAAGACAUUCAAACAUGCAUUUGCGCGUGUAAUUACGGUACCGAAAUCGACCUCCGAAGGUUCCCGUUUGGACUCUUUGAUCGCUAGGAUGGGUGGAGCUAUCUCUUGGUAGUUCCAAGUUAAACUUUUUCACUUCUCCUCUCACAAGUGGAAUUUUAAUUGCGUGUAGCUACAUUUGUUGCUAUUGUUUUCUAUCAUUAUUUCUAGUUAAAAACGAAAAUCAAUGGUUAUGUUGACUGUUGCUUUGUUUUAUCUCAGACCCUGCUCUCCGAGGGUGUAGACGUGAAUAUUUUAGAUUACAAAGGAGCCACGCCCCUUCACAGAGCCAAAGAUGCCGCAACUGUAGAGGUAACCUGGUGCUUUUGUUUACGCCCGAUUAUUCGCUUUUUUUAAACACUUUUCCGCCCAUCCUUAAAAAUACUUUUAAUUUUGACAUCGAAGAAAACUAUCAACAGUCUUCAUUUUGCGUAACAUCACUCCAUAUCUCCUUAAUACCUUCAUCUAACUCAGUGCGAAUGUUUAUAUCGUUUUCGUUUGUAGCUACUCCUUGAGGCAGGAUCAAAUAUCGACAGUGAAGACCACGAUGGCAACACACCACUGCAUGUGAAAUGUUAUGGCGAGAGCGGAGAACCUACAGACUUAGAAUGCAUUGAGAAAAUGGUAAGAUUAACUAAAGCACUUCAAACCUCCACCCAUAGCAAAUCACAUCAUGGAUAAUAGAAAGACGAUCACGUAGAGUUAUGAAAGUUUCAAAACACCUGGGCCGAGUUGUUCAAAGUUGGGUUAAGAUAACCCAGGGUUAGCGCGAGAUUUGAAUUCAGAUAUGAAAGAUUAAAAAGCAUUUCCGUUUUAAUUCUUUUUGUCGACAAGUUGAUGAAUGGAAGCUCUAAAAAUAACAGAGAAAACUAUAAGAGAAAAUGUUUUUGAACACAAGAAAGAGAAACCCGGGUUAAAUUUAACCCCGGCUUAAGCGCUAAUCGGCCUUCGAACAACUGGGCCCUGGUCCUCUCUCAUAUUCAAACACCCGCUUGACAGGAUACGUCCCUCUUUUUUUUCCUUCAAGUUGACUACUUUUUUUUAAAAUUUCAACAGUUGAUGAAAGAAGCUCCACUAAACAUCAGAAAUAACCGAGUAAGUAUAAAAUACGGAACUUAAACGAUUUUGCCUACGAACACGGGUAGGGUACCUGUUUCCUAUGCCUUGAUACCAACCAAAUAUGGUUUUUAUCCAUGUGGUUUUGGCAUUUUUUACUCUAACUGGUAGUGAAUAUCUGUUGCUACAAGUUUGGAUGAUUUAGUAGUUCCCGUACCAAUCUUCUCCCCCUCCCAAUUUCCAAGGGAACAACUUUGAGGACGAAUUUGCUCGUUUUUUAGACUCUCCUAGCUUUCUUCUUUUCUCUCUCUUGCUACAUGGAAGGGAAGGAAAGAGACCAUGGGGGACAAGGUUUUUGUGGCACGCUGGAAACGGUUUAUCGUGAAGUCUCUCAUAUCGCGUCCACUAUCCGUGCUUCGAAGUUGCUUACAUCUCGAAACGGUCAGCGAAGCAAAGUCUCUCCUAUGAGUUUUUUCCCUCCGCCUUCUGUUUCUAGCUUCUGCAUUUUCGUUUUGUCACUUUCACUGAAGUAUUACAAUCGUGUUGAUCUAAAACUACCGUGUUGAAAACCAUUCUUGCGGGUCCGUGAUCUUGGUUAUACUUUCCAACAAUCAAAAUAUGUUCACUUUUUUAGGAUUUAAUGCCGAUUCACUGUUGUGCCAUGCAAGGCCGGAUGGACGCCAUUCAAGCCUUGCUGUUCUUUGACACUGAAGAGAGCAUAAAACGAAACUUGGAAAUGGAGAGUGAGGUACUUAAAAACGACAUUUCGGCUGUUCCACUACGCAUGUUCAUGUUAACCUCGCCAAACACAUCGCGUAUCAGGUUACACAGUCUUACAAACCAAAGAGCAGUAAAAGACAAUGCUUACCACCGGCAUCAAAGAAAGGGUUUUCCCUCUGAUUGGUUGAAAAAUUAACCUAUCACAAAGGCUUGGCAGAAGGGCACCGGACUUCAAUGUCAGUUUUGUUCCCAGAGUCUCUCUCAGAAAGGAAAAAAGCCUCUGCAAACCAGAUUGGAGGGAUAAUUUAAAUUCGAACGCUAAUCGAUUUCUUGUAUGUAUAUUACAGAAAACCCCGCCCAGCUUACUUCAUUUGUCUGUAGCCAACGACUUCCUUGACUGUGCAAAAUGGUACGUAUAUUGGAAUUAAUAAAAUAAGAAAAAGUAAAAGUAACCUUUUUAGCAACGUACUUACUGUAAUUAAAAUCAAAUGAAGGCAUGCUUGAACAUAACAAAAAUCACUUGAGAAUGAUAGACCUUAUUCACGAUACCCGCCAACUUCUCACGCUCUUUAGGAUCGAUGGGAUAGUAGUAAUGUCACGAUGACGUGAUAUGAAGUAAAUGACCGGCGUCAGCAAAUAAGGUGGGCGUUUAAGGUGUGUUAGUCUCCAUUAAGAUUUUUUAUAUUCAAUUCUUAGGUUGGCGGAGAACAAAUUCGAAUUUAAAGAAAAGGAAACAGAUCUUCUUGUUCAUAAGAUCUUACUUGAGAAAGUUCCAUGGUAAGUUAAAUCAAAUGAGCCCUAGAGUGUCUCUACCGUUUAAACUAUUUUCCACAGUGUCACGAUUUCAGUGACACUGCAAACAGGUCAGUAAAGAUGCGAGUCUAUUUUUGAGAUAAAGAUGAAAACGUCUAAUUUGCAUCAUAAAUUAAAUGUGACCAGCUUCAAUCGCGGGAAAACCUUUGGACGAUGCGGGUUGUUAGAGAACCCAGUCAGGAGCGUAGCUAAUUAUACUCACGGUACACACGUGCGUACCUGAAAAAUCGAAGAUGUUAUAUAACAAUUAAUACUGCGGGAUAGAUACGAAGCUUGAGCGGUUUGCGACCAUUGCAGUGGUGUAGACCUCAAAGCCAGGUACUUGAUAACUUAUAAAUGCUCGCUUAAUCAUUUUGGUGAAAACGGUAAAGGAUACGUGCGUUAUUGCGUUGUUUAAUUCACUUUUCAGUUGUUAUAUUGUGUUUUUUUAGUGGCAGUCGUGUCGAGACCGUUCGAUUUCUAUUGGGUAAAGGUGCCUCCGUUAACCCAACAUACCCUGGAGGAAACACGUAAGAAUUGAUUUUGUUUUUGUCAUUAUUUACUUUCUUAUUGAGGAACAAAAGGUAUAUCUGCGAUCUUUGAAGUCGCAAAUAUGUCGGAAGAGACGAUUUUGUUAUUAAAUACAAACACUAAUGACACAAUGCAAUCAUAGAGGAGCCUGACCUUGCAGACACGUGUCUUCAGCCCUUUUUUUUUCUUUUUCGUUUUCCAGGGCUUUGCAUCUCACCGCUGGCUUGGUGAAUGCUUCAGAUCUUUUGGAGCUGUUGCUCUCGUUUAACGCUGAUGUCGAUGCUAUGAAUGAUGACCUGUGCUCCCCGCUGUUUUACGCCACUCAGUCAAACAAUUUGUAUGCUGCUAGCCUUCUUCUUAACCACGGUAUGUAAAGACACAGGGACUAGUAGUUUAGGAUACUUAUUGAGAUAUUCUACACCUUUUUAUUGUCAACUAUAUCUAUUCUAUAACGUCAUCAAGUACUUGUGCGUCAGUUGUAAGAAAUAACAACAACAACAACAACUUUAUUAACAAACAAAUAAAAUUACAGAAGUAUUGCCCUCAGCUAGCAAAGCUAUUCGAGGCGGGACAAUGCGUGCAAAAUAUAAAAGUAAAGACUUAGACUAUUAACUAAGGAAAGUUUACAGUUUAGAAAUAAAUGGAAUAAAAAUCGUAAUAGGGAUGAGGACUAGAUAACAGACUAUAAAAAAUAAAGAAUUAAACAAAUAAAUUCUAAAAGUAGAAACUAUAAUAAGGAAGAAUUUUUUUUCGACAUGUUUGGCUAAUUGAGCCUUUAAUUAGGGUGGGCGUAUCAAUAUAUCAUCUUCUGAAUUCAGAAUAUUAAAAAGUAAUUUGCAGAGUGUUUUUUGAACUUAUUCUUGGGGAGAUGUCGGAUAUGACAGGGUAUCUCAUUCCACGGCUUAGCCCCAAAGCGAGAGAAAGACAGUUUAUAUAAUUCUAGAAAUACGACUCACGUGGCCAGCAUCUCUGGAAUUUAUUUGAACUAUAGAAAGCAUUUACAUAAGAAAAGAAUUCAACUCCUACAGGACUGGUUUGGGACACCAAUAUGGCCGCCGUGACGUCGUGUGAAAACGCUCUAUCAUGUGUCGCCUUCAGCUCGGCACACGCGUGGUCAUUUUUGUCUAUCGCGUGUUUCGCUCGGGCUAAGAAAAAAGAGAGGCUGCACGUGGUCUAUAAAUAAGACGAAAGACAUGUAUUGCAUAGUCUCCCUCGCAGCCGUUUUUUUGGAUGUCACGCAACGGAGCGUUGCGUGACAUCCAAAAAACGGCUGCGAGGGAGAUCAUGUAUUGCAGGGCUGGGCCCCUUUUGAUACCAGCCAAUGGCUGAUAGGGCUACCCUGCCUAAAUAAACGUGACUUUGACUUUGACGUUAUUGUACCAGUCUUUUGCAAUUUGAAAAUGCGUUAGCACCACCAUGCAUUUUCUUUAGACCAGUUGUAUGAUAGACUUCGACUACAAAUACAAGAAUCGAAACCAUUUUGAUCCUUCAGUGGCGUGAUUGGUUACCAAUCUAUCAUUUAGUCAGUUAAGCGAUUAUUGUCAACCUCGCUCUCAAGAUCGAGUUAGGGAGAGCCCUGGGAACGAGUUUGGAUCAUUUUGAGAUUUAUUUCGAGGCAUUUUUUUUCUUUUUCGCAAACAGGGGCUAAUGUGCGGUUACGAAAUCUACAAGGUAAAAUAAAAACGUGUCUUACUUUAUACAUCUUAGUUUAGAAGUCGUAAACAACGUUGUGUUAGAUGUGCGUUAUUGGCUAAGCGUAAGAUCAAGACGGCUGGAUUUUGGCCAAGUUCUUUUUUUUUUUUGCAUUUUUAUUUACCAAGACGAAGUCAGCCAUCUUGACCGCACAAAAUUGGCCAAUAAAAGAUUCAUUAUAUGCCUAUUUCCAGAAAGAGAACUUUUACUUUAGGGACAAACGCGGAAAAUCCCGAGAAUCUUGCCCGUUCGAGUAGCCAAUUAGAAUGAAGGAUUGACUUCAUCUUGUCCAUUCGCGGAUUCAGCUAUAUUAUAUAUUGACCUUAUUAGCUGUUUGCUUAUGUUUAUUGAUUUUAUUACAGGGCUGACAGCCUUCGAUUUUAUUUCUGAUUUUGAGGAGUGGAUUGAAUGCGGUUACUUUAACGAAGAAAUCAAAGCUCGAUUAAAAGGUACACACGUUGGAUGCUCGAAUGUUUGAGUUUGGAGAAAACGAUAGCCAAACUUUCUCUACACUUGUGAUUUCCUUUUUUUAAUUUUAAAUGCUCAUUAUUGAGUUUCCCAGGUGGCCGAACAGCAAACGGAACAAAGACAAGAGAGGUGUUAUGUAGCAGCUGCUCGCGCGAAAGAGAAGUCACCAAUGGUGCCUAACCCUAACCCUAAACAAUACUAAGACCCUGUUUACAUGGAGCGGGGGACCCCGGUCUAGUGGGGUAAGUUUCUUUUGUUUUGUGUCCCCCAGAGCGUGAAAACAAAAGAAACCAACCCCACAAGACCGGGUCCCCCACUCCAUGUAAACAGGGUCUAAAACAAUUGAAAGAAUGACAUGUCAUUGUUUCCUUGCGACCAAUCAGGAGAGACCUUACGAACAGCUCCUACACAACUCCAAGAAAGAGUUUGAGGAAUCUCAAUUUCUUUUUUUGAAGUGCUUUCGCUCAGCGUCUUUGCAAAUUAGUUGGAACAAAAGAAAGCGUCUACAACUCCCACAAAACGGGUUGUGUUUCAUAUACCGGAAUUUGAAGUAGUUAAUAAGUAACAAAGCAUAGAUCACAUUAACAACAGAUGUCGGUGUAUGACAGUGGAUAAAGAACGGAGCAUCAAUAACAAAGAAAUUAAAAACAAUAGAUUCUGGUACAUGAACGUCUACCCCACAAGAUUGGCUUGGAACACCAACAUCGCCACCGUUUGACUCUCAUUAUAUUGAAACACAAAUAUGGCCGCCCGUUACGUCAUGUGAAAGCGCUGUAUGCAGCGAAUUUAGUUAACUAACUGAGUUUUUUCAACUUUCUUAGUCGACAACUACUAAAACGAGAAAACAUCACGGUUUUUUUUUUAUUAUUUCUUUUAGCCUACAGUCUCAAACAUGCUAGAGACCUGGUACGAGCCAUAACCAAGAAAGUAAAGAACCAGCUCCCAGCUUCUACGUCACAGAGAUCCCAACCUGCUUUGCCAGGAAUCGGUACUGGUCACGUGCCUCUCAUGUUGCCACCUAUAAAAAGGGACCGAUGAGUUAAACAAGUUCAACUCGUUCCCACAAAGGUUGGAAGGCCAAGCUGAAUGAACAGUUUUGCAGAGCUGGAGAGAGUUCUAUAAAGCUCUGUCGUUGGGAGUGGAGAAAGCAAUCAAUUUGAUAGUGAAUUACGAAGUUGUUGUUUUCGCCUCCUGCCUAAUAUGCUUUUAACUGGCAAUAUAUUUUCGGCCCUUUUUUGUUCCUCACUGUGACAAUAGACCACGUUCGAUAUAUUAAAAUUCUAACAUGACUCCGAGGCUUUAGGGUCAAAAUUGCAAAUUCACGGCUCCACUGUCUUGCAAUUCCCAGAAGAGACUUAAAACUCCAAAUAUAGAAAAAUGAUCAGAAAGCCUCGGAAACAUUACGAUUUUAAUAUAUCGAACGUGGGCUAAAGAGAGAAGAUAUCGUUACAAAUGUGGCAGAAAAAAAAACGAAAAAAAUACGACUUUCCUAUGCACGAUUGCUCUCAGGAGCAAGACUGUAGCCCAAACUUUUCUUCCAUUGUUCGACAGUGCAAAUGGCCGUUUCUGUCAAGAAAGAUCGUUGAAAUCCAGAAAUCUUUCUACCAUAGUAACGUGAAAUCACACUUCCUCUCUCUAUUGUAAUCUAUCUAUCCUUUUUUAUUUCGCCUUUGGCUUUUUCUCGCUUGUUUCAAAACUUCCGAUUAACAUCCAAACGAACAUGCUCCUGAUCAUCUCCGAAUUACACAAUACGGCGCCGUGUUAAGAAAGAAACUCACACAAAACCCCACACACUCCACCCUACAGAGUAAAAGCAAAAAUAUCGAGAAUUGUAUUUAUUUUCUUGCCAAAUUAGAUGUGAAAAUCUCCCGUAUUGACCAGACCAGAGCUGCUGCUUCUUACAAAUAUUUUUAUAUUAACAACAGUUAAUUGUUCACAUUUUAAAAACCAAUUAUUAAAAACAGAAAAAUCGAGCCAAAGUUAGGCUCAGUUUAGCCUAGAAGCAAGACAUUUUGCAUUCAGGGACUGAAUUGAAUUGAAUUGAAUUGAAGCGGACUUUCUCCUCCAAAUCUGUAUUUUGCUUUCCAUAGUUGAUCUUCUUUCUCGUUCCGAACUGUUUUUAUCUGCUUAUUUUCUUUUCUGAGAAAUUCUUAACUUGAGUCUGACGUUUUCUGUUUGCGGUAAAUGUAAAUCUUAAUCUCUCUAAUUAUCAAAGCAUGAGUCCGGUUUAUUUUGUACUAGUUAUUUUGAAAAUGGACGUCUGGAACCAGGUGUUAGCUGGUCCAAGCCCCCACUAAUUUAAUAUUCUACUCAAUGUUACUCCCUUACUCCUUAAUAGAAAAAGUACUUUUUUCAUACCGGUCC